AACCAUACCCUGUUAGACUAAGCAUGGUCCACCCGCGAAUCCUCUACAGAGAUGGCCAAGCGCUGGGGUCGUGGCUGCGUCCUCUAGGCCAGCCUUGUGCAAAGGACCUUCUCACCACAGAUCAGCCAGACCAUCUUCCUCCUUCCAAGUCAUCAAAGAGUUCCAAGCUGGUCACCUGUCCCUUGAUGUUCCCAGGAAACCAGGAAAGAGGACCCCUGCAUUUUAUCUUCCCAUCCAGAGUGGCAGGAUCUCUGCCUGGGAAACAGGCUUCAUUCAGCACAGCUGUGGUAGCAUUAACAAAGCAAAGCGGGCACAUGUAGAAGUUGAAGCUAAAACAUUCAAGAACUCCAGUCUGUUUCUGUGGAUGUUAAGGGGGGUGAAGAUAAAACAAUGGAGGUGAUGAGGAGGAAUAACUUGAAGACAGUUUAAAGCCACAGUGGUACAAAGAAUGAAAAGAAGGAAGGUGCUGGAUUUUACUAAGAAAACAGACUGAGUUCAGGAGUCUCACCAGUAGAACUUUAUAGUAUUGCAUUUCGAUUACAUGUGUGUGAAUUUUAAAAACUGAUUACCCUCCAGUAAAAAUGUGGAACCAAUUUGCAUUUGGAUUAAAACAUUAGGUUUGGGGACAAAAGUGGACCCCAUGCUGCCUGAGAUGAAGAGAGAGAGCAGGAUGGCAGAGGAAUCACCAGCUCAAGAAACCCCAAGACUUGGACAGUCUUCCAGCAGAAGAGGCCAGGGUCUCUCAGUGUACUACUACAAACAGGCCUCUCCUAGAGAUGUAGUCUGGGAAGGUCCAAAACCCACCAGACAGGCACAUCCAGUGGGGAAAAGACUUCCCAUUCCAGUGUGGCCUGCAUCCCUCACCUCUGCUUCCCAGUCUUCUGCUGACCUCAGAGGAGCAGGGUGGCCAUUGCUGAUCUGGGUUAGGGAGAUGCCAGAAACACACCCAGGUUUGAACCACAGGUUAGUGGUACAAAGUCACAGUCCUUGUGCCUUCAGAAAACCCAGAGGCCCCAAAUACGAGUGGGAAGAGAGUUGGGAAAAACUGAACCAGACUCUUCCAAUGGCCAUUAAAGAGAAAAUUCAGCAACGCUCGCCUUUGUCUUUGACCCUGAGAAGUUAAGGGACACAGAUUGUGGCGCUGUGAUGGAACAUGGAGGGAAGGCAUGGUGUGCUUCCUGCAGAGAUGCCUCUGGAGUCCCUGUGGCCAGGGGAUCUCACUGGCCCCCUCUUCAGGCACCUUGAUGGGGCUCAGUGGGGCCAGGCCGAAGGGUGGAAGUAGAAAAGCAUCAACAGGCUGUCCAGAUCAACUGGCACCAUCCAAGGCCCUGCUGCACCCACACAUGGAGGUCACCAGCUCAGCCCCAGGGGUUCUUUCACACACAAGCUCCUUCCCUAAGGAGUCCUGUGGGGUUCCACACUCAGUGUGCUGCCCAAGUCAGAGAUUUACCACAGAUCUGUCUCCCCCUCAACCUGGACUCAAGUUACUGUGGUGAGAAACCUCACUGUCCAUGGUUAACUGAAGAAAUCCCUCCUUCAGAAAGAACUUGAGUAGUAGAUGAGGUGGUUAGACAGGAUCUUUUUCCCCGAAGCUGUUUGGACGCCACAGCCAGGACCAACUCUGACAGCUGCGAGAGAGAGAGCCCCUCCACUGUGGAACCUCCUACACAGCCCCCAUUUUGGGUCCCUGGAUAUGAGCCCCCAGCAGGACCACCACUCUGGGGGGAAGUCUCCCUCCCAGCCCUCAGAUCCCCACAUUGUUCCUCCUGUAGGAGAACAGUCAGCCCUGCCCCUGGAGCUUCUCCAAGAUGGCACUGGACUCGCCGUUAUCUUGAGGAGCCAGGAGCUGAAAUGGCUCCGGCUUAGCAACCCAGUAUGGCCAAAGUGGAAAGGUGCUCUGUUCUUUGCAGUCACCAAAAAAAAAAAAAAAAAAAA